CCUUGUCAUUAUCAUUUAACUGCGCUAAAGAAAACCAUUAGAUAAAAACUUGACCUUAAGUGCUACGUUCCAACAAACCGCUGAAAUGAAGUCGUUCUUGUACUUGACCCUAAUUUUACAACUGGCAUUUGGUACCAAUGUCCCUCCUACCGUAAACAUUCCCGGAGUUGGGACAAUCGAAGGUACACACAAAGUCACGUUUCAAGGACAAACCAUUUACUCGUUUGAAGGAGUACCUUACGCACGACCACCUGUAGGAAAGUACCGGUUCAGAGAACCGUCACCAGUUAAACCCUGGCAAGGGGUCUGGCAAGCAAAAACCAUCUACCAAUGUAUGCAAAUCUUUCACUACCCACCCCCAGAAAACCCAUCCGUAAUAGGGGACGAAGAUUGCCUUUAUCUUAACAUUUACUCUCCAAACUUGGACCCAAACGCAAACCUAGAUGUCAUCGUGUACAUCCAUGGAGGCGCUUUUAUGUUCAACUGGGGCGGCAUAUACCAACCCGAUUACCUCCUAGACCACAACCUAGUCUACCUAAACCUAAACUACCGACUCGGACCCUUAGGUUUCCUAAGCACCGAAAACGAAGUCGUUCCUGGCAACAACGGUCUGAAAGACCAACUUCUCGCACUACAAUGGGUCCAAGACAACGUGAAGUACUUCGGCGGAAACCCCAACUCCAUUACCAUCUUUGGUAUGUCAGCGGGCGGAGCAAGUAUCCAUUUCCACUACCUUUCCCCGAAAUCGCGCGGGUUGUUCCACCGCGGGAUCUCCCAAAGUGGUACCAUGCUCAACCCCUGGGUCCUCGUCGAGAAACCUUUGGAAAAAACCCAAAAACUUGCAUCAACUCUUGGGUGUAGCACGAAAGACACCAAACAAAUGAUUGAGUGUUUGAAACGAAGACCAGGUCGCCAGAUCGUGGCAGCCGUCACAGAGUUCCAACCCUGGUUGUACAACCCGUUUUCUCCCUUUGGUGUGGUUGUGGAUUCGUGGUCACCCGACCCAGUUCUCCCCGAUCACCCCUACAACCUACUCAAAAACAAAAAAGUUGCUGAUUUACCAUGGAUUACGUCGUAUACGAACUCGGAAGGGUUGUACCCAGCGUCAGAUUUCUACUCCGAUGAUAAGUACCUGCGUGAUAUUGAUGAAAAAUGGAACGACAUAGUUCCGUUUAUUUUGGACUAUAACAACACUGUCGAUCCCGAGUUGCGCGAUCUGGUUAGUCAAAAGAUUCGUCGGUACUACCUCAAAGACAAACAAGUGAACAGAGAAAGCUUUUUGGACUUUGUUAAAAUUCUAACCGACCGGAUUUUCGCUGUGGAUAUUGAAAAAGCUGUUCUUUUACAAAACGCAGCUACAACUUCGCCUAUUUAUUUUUAUUACUUUACGUAUCGCGGAGCUCAUAGCAAGUCGGAAGGUCGGUCUGGUACUGACGACGAUCUUGGUGCCUCCCACGGUGAUGACACAUGUUACAUUUUUAAAACCCCUGUGGACACGACUAGUACCAAAGAAGACGUACUUAUGGUUGAAUUAUUAACAGAAGUGGUUGCAUCGUUUGCCACAACUGGGAGACCAAAUGUUCCGAUUGAGUGGCAGCCGUUGGCCAAAAACACCCAGAACCAACUGACGUACCUGAAAAUUAGUUCACCUGAUAAUCUAAAAAUUGAAAAUCUAACCUCGAAAGGUACGACCUUCUGGGAUACUUUACCUAUUAAAGAAAACGAGAAGUUGUACCCUGGGCUAAAAGACGAACUGUAAUUGUAUAGUACUAUUUCAAAAUGUAACAACUACGUGUGAUUUUAAUAAUAAAGUCAAUUUUGUAA